GCCAAUCAGAGGACAGGAUUCUGCGCUCGUUGAACAGCAAUGGCGGAGACAAUGAAGCUAAGUGGAAACCAUGCUCCUCCCGAUGAAUCCAGUAAAAUGUCCAGCUACAGGGGCUGCGUGGAUGUGAUACUGAAGCUGCUAGCAGACUUCGGGAAAGAGCUGAAAUUAGGUGACGCUGCUUUGAGAAUAGAAGUCAACCCCAGUGCUGUGAAUCUCCCAUCAUCUCCACCUGCUCACGUUUACAGCUGUUUACAGGAGCAUAUCACUAAACUACAGGCUGUUUCAGAAAGCUUAAAGACACUGAUGGAUGCUGAUGCCUCAUCCACAAAGGACAACACAUCAGAUGACUCCGUCACCUCAUCCACGGUUAAAGAGCAGACAGCUGCACCGUCUGAGCACCAUCCACACAGCUCAGAGGCUGCAGAGAGCAAGACGGCAGCCGAUGACGUCAUGGUUCAAAUUAGAGCUGGGAAGUCAGAGAUUGAGCGAAGAAUAUCUGCAUUUAUGGAACGCAAGCAGAUGGAGAUCAAUGAAAACAAUGUGCGCGAGUUUUGCAACGUGAUCGACUGCAAUCAGGAAAACAGCUGUGCCAGAACGGAUGCAGUGUUCACUCCUUACCCAGGUUUUAAAAGCCAUGUAAAAGUCACGCGAGUGGUAAACACUUACGGGCCCCAGACUCGGAGCGGGGGAAACCAGGGAGAGACUGGGGAGCAGCAGAGGGGGCCAAUGACAAGAGACUGUGGAAAUGCAGCUAUUGAAGAGAGACUUCACAACAUCGAGACUCACCUAAAACUCCCAACAGCGGGCCCGGUCCCAUUGAGUGUCUAUCAGAGACUUAAGAAGCUGGAGGAUCGUAUCCUGGAGUUGGAGGGACUAUCGCCCGAGUACUUUCUGUCCACAAGUCACCUGCACAAGCGACCAAAGACGUCCCUCGCUCAGGCCUGCAGCCUGACAGAGCUGGAUGAGAAGAUCAGCGCAGUGAAAGCAGCACUGCUGAAGAGGGUGACUGAAUUUGGGCCUGGAUAUUAGCGAAGGGACCGUCCACGUGGAUAGACGCAAACACACAUGACUUUUUUUCUAUUCCUCGUCGACUCAUUCUCAUGGUCUUUAUCAUUAAAAGAGCUUUUCAUACCACCGCCACCUGAUGAUGAGACUACUUUAUAUAUAUAUGUAUGUAUAAAAAAACUGAGAAAUGUAUUUCUUUAAGACAUUUUAUAGUUAAAUGAAAUGUAAUUAAUAUGUAAAUAAAGGUAUUUCUUCCAUAUAAAACCUUGACUCAAAUCUAAUCAUGACUUUAAUAUAUUAACUCUCAUAAGGAAAUCACAACCUAAUCGCAAUCAGUCGCUCUUACACUGCAGUUAAUAAUAUUUUUAUGAAUUAAAUAUAUUAAAUGCAACAUGAAACCACACCAAGAAUUUCUAAGUAGAGAAAACUUAGAUUUUUAGCGCCAAUAAACUCAACCAAUACAGGAA